AUGGCAAGAGGCAAUCGUACGACAGUGACAGAAUUUGUCCUCAUGGGAUUCCCAGACCGUCCGGAGCUCCAGCUGCCCCUCUUCGUGGUGUUCCUGGGGAUUUAUCUCAUCACCCUGGUGGGAAACCUGGGCAUGCUCCUGCUCGUCAGGACCGACUCGAGGCUCCACACCCCCAUGUACUAUUUCCUCAGCCACCUGGCCUUCAUCGACCUCUGUUACUCCUCGACCAUCGGGCCCAAGAUGCUGCGAAAUUUACUGGUGAAGAAAAAGACCAUCUCCUUCUCCGGCUGCUUUGCCCAGCUCUACUUCUCCAGCGCUCUCGCCACCAGCGAAUGCUUCCUCUUGGCCGCCAUGGCCUACGACCGCUACAUGGCCAUCGGCAACCCCCUGAUUUACUCGGCCAUCGUGACCCAGCGGGUCUGCCAGGAGCUGGUCACCGGCGUCUACACCUACGGCUUCCUAAACUCGGUGAUACAGACAGUGCUGACGUUCCAGCUGUCCUUCUGUGACGCCAACGUCGUCCACCACUUCUACUGCGCCGACCCCCCCCUCCUCGCCCUCUCCUGCUCUGACACCCGCAGCAAAGAACAGCAGCUCCUGGUCUUCUCUGCCGUGAACCUCACCGGGUCCCUCCUGACCGUCCUCGCCUCCUACGUCUGCAUCCUCUUCGCCAUUGGGAGAAUCCGGUCUUCCGGAGGCAAGUGCAGGGCCUUCUCCACCUGCGCCUCCCACCUCGCGGUGGUCAUCGUCUUCUACGGAACGCUGUUUGCCAUGUACCUGCGGCGGCCGAAAGCGGGCGGUUCGUGGACGUACAGCCAGGCGGUGUCCGUGUUUUACAGCCUCAUCAUCCCCAUGCUCAACCCCCUGAUCUACAGCCUGAGGAACACGGAAGUAAAGGAAGCCCUGAAGAAGCUGCUGGAGGCCAAGGAGUCGCAGUGA